AUGUUGAAACAAGGGCAAAGAGAAGAUUCAAGGUCACCGAUAUCCAAAGCUAUAAAUCUUCAAAAACAACUGGAAAGAACUUUAAAAGCAAAAAAUCGCUUAAAAGCAGUGGAAAUUUAUGCUGAACUUGGUGAGCUUUAUCGUCGAGCUGGUUCAUUCGAAUCGUCUAUUGAAUUUUAUCAGCAAGCGGCGAUUUUAGCUGAAAGAUUGAAUUGUCAUGAAGAUCUCGCGUAUGCUUGUAGAGCAAUCGCAGAAAUUUCGGUUGAUCCAAAAAUUUUAAACAAUGAAAAAGCAAUUCAGUAUGGUUUGAAAUAUUUUGAUGCAGCCAAAAAGAGCGGUCAAGUUCAUUUGAUUCAAUUAGCCUAUCAUGUCAUUGGUUGGCUUCAUUUGCAAGUCUAUUUGAAUUCGGAUACUAAAGAGGAUUCUUUUUUGACAAAGGGAAAAAAUUGGUGUGAAAAAGGUCUUACUUAUUUGGUGGAAAAAGCUUGUCUUAUCGAUGCUGAUAAAAAUGCUGUCAAAAUUGGACAAGAUUCUCGUUCUCGUAAAGCUCGAUUACGGCAAUUGCUUUCUCAGAUAUGUGAUAAAUUAAAUUUGCAGCAUCAGUCUAUACAACAUCACAAUGCAGCUAUAGCAUAUGCUUCGAAAAUUUUAAAGGAAAAAAUUCGUGCAAAAGAUUUCAAUGGAGCUAAAUGGGAUUUUAUUUCUAUGUUGUCAUCAAAAUUUUUUGACAAAUUGGAUGAUGAUGAGCGGAAUAGUUUUGAACAAAGCAUGAUUUUUGUUUACAAAACGGUUGAAAGGCUUAAUGUGAUAAAUGAGCGAAGUGAAUAUGAAAAAAUGAAGACUUAUGAGAAAAUGGCAGAUGAAUUUUUUGAGACUGAAUUCAAGGAGGUGUCAUUGCAUUUUUAUAAGCUUAUGUUGGAACAUGCCGAUAAUAAUUCUGAUCGUAUCAAAGCACUGGUUUCACUGGCAGAAACUGCGAGUGAACUCGAAAAAUAUCAACAAGCAUAUGAAUAUUAUUUAGAAGUUGAAAAAUUAGAAUCUGAAGAAGACAUUGGCCCUAACAAGAGAGCGGAGACUGCUAUUUGUAUUGCAAAUGCUGCUUGUAAUGUCGACAGUUUAUCACAUUCGGUAAAAAUUCGACUUUUUCAUAUUGCUGAAACUGCUGCUGUAACUAACCGACAAAAAAUCGAUUUGCUGGUAUCUUUUUCUAAUUAUCUGAAAAGUUCUGGUGAUUCUGAAGAUCUUUUGGCGGAAUUGCAAUCAAAAUUGAAAUGCGCAAAACAGCACCCUUCUACAGAAUCCAGUUCAGAUGAUAGCAUGCACGAUGCUGAUAACUUUUCCGAUAAGUGGGAUGAGAUGAGCGAUGUUGAGAUUAUUAAUUUAUGUCAUUUAGAAGCAAGUCAUCAUUGUAUAAUGGAGCGAUUGAAAUGUGAGAAAAAUAAAAAAAUCAAUUCAUAUGGAGAAACAAGAAUGCAUGAAGCUGCAAGAGGCGGUGAUACUAAUUUGCUACGGACAAUGAUUGAAUUGGGUUAUGAUUUAAAUCCUCGCGAUGAGGGUGGUUGGACACCUCUGCAUGAAGCAGUUGGAGCACUACAAGUGGAAAAUGUUCAUAUAUUGCUGGAAAGUGGAGCUCGUGUUGAUAUUCGCUCAAAUGAGGGGACAUUAUCUGAAGACGGCGAACUGAUGGUUUAUUCUAUUCUUUUUUUAAUAUUAUAUGAAGACGGCGAACUGAUGAACAACGGAGGAUUAACACCAUUAAUGGAAGCAUGUGAUCGCGGUUGUAUAGCGAUCGUGGAUAUUUUACUUCAUUACAAUGCUGAUGUUACCUUAAAAAGUCGUGAUGGAUGGUUGGCUUCAGAUUUUUUAAAAAAUUCUAUAAAUUCUGGUAUGAUCGACGACGAUGACAUACAAAAAGCAAAUAAGCUUGUUGAGCUAAUGGAAAGUAAGUUGAAAAAAGGUAAUAAAUUUAAAUUUUAUGGUUCGAAUAUCAUUUCAAAAGAUAGUUCUCCAGUUUUUUGUACGGAAUUAGGAAGAGGUUCAUCGUUUAAUUCUUUGUCUGAAAUUUCGUCCACCAAUCUGUCAACUAAUGUUUCUCAUGAAGGCACAUUAAGUUAUAAAACUGAAUUUGACCAACAUAGUGGUGCCGCAACAGUAUAUAGCUCACCAACGCGAAGUCGAUUCUCUAAUGAAUUUCGUGUGCAAGCAAGUUCGCAAUUUUGCACAGAGAAAACGCAGCUUAUUUUUCUGAAGGUUCAUUUUCAGGUGAUGAAUGGUGUUGAUAUUUCAUGUUUGGUCAAAGAAAUACGCUUACGUUGCCUUGAGGAACUAAAAAAUGAUGGUGAAUUUGAUUCUUUGUCAAUUAUUUUGGAUGGAUGUGAAAUUAUGGAUGAUGUGCCUAUUUCAUUAUUAAUUAAUAAUGUUAAUAGUAAUCUAAAUGCAGCAAUAAUAUGUCGCAUUAAUGACGGCAUGGAAAAUGUUAUUGAAGCUUUAAAAGCUGGAAAGGAUGGUAUUCUCAAUUUCUGUGAUAUGAAUAUUGGUUCGGAUUCCGCACUUUGCGAUGCAUUUCAAUUAUUUCCUGACGAUCAAAUAACGGAAUUAAAUUUAAGUGGAAAUUCUUUGAAUGUUCGAUUUUUAGAAAUUUUAGCCAAAAAGUGUCAACACAUUAUUGAUCUUGAUCUCAGCUGCUGUAAUCUCACUGGAAGAAAUAUGCGAUUUCUUGUUGAUGAACGAGUUAAAUAUGAAAAGCUCAAAAAGCUAAACUUCAGCUUCAAUGAUAUUGGAAAUUUUCUUUACAAUAAUUAUUUAUCGCAGUUCUUAUUUGCUUGCCCUCAACUCGUUAAUUUAUUUUUAAUUGGAUGUAAUAUUAGUUACCAAGCUUUUGGAGAACUUUUGCAAGUUUUCAAAGGAAUGGAAUUUUUGGAGGUUUUGGAUUUAAGUCAGAAUGAGUGUAUUACAUCAGAACAUGCUUCAGAAAUCGUUAAUUCAUGUAAAAGGCUAAAACACUUGUAUCUGAAUGCAACAAGCGUUAGCCAAAUUAAACUAAAACUAGAAUUUCCUCAGUUAUGGUCUCAUAACAACACGCGUUCCCAAUAUACUCUUUUAGUUCUACGUCAAACCUUGUACACUUUUACCAUAGCUGCAUUUAUAAAUUAUUACGAUACAAAGAGCAGUCACUAA